GUCAUAUGAUCAGCUGUGUCCAAUCACAGCUGAUCACAUGGGACAUGUACACUGAUCAUCAGGGCACUGAUGAUCAGUGUGCCCUGAUGAUCAGUGUGGCCCCAGAAGUGCCACCUGUCAGUGUUCAUCAGUGCCACGUGCCAGUGCCCAUCAGUGCCACGUGCCAGUGCCCAUCAGUGCCACAUCAAUGCCACAUAUCAGUGCCCAUCUGAGCUGCCUUUCAAUGUCACCCAUCAGUGCCAGUCAGUGCCACCUAUCAAUGCCAAUCAGUGCCACCUAUCAGUGCUGCCAAUCAGUGCCAGUCAGUGUCGCCUAUCAGUG